UGUUACUGAAGUUUUGAUUUUUUUUUUCCUAGAGAGCUAAAAGAAAGACAAGCACCAAGAGUGGAGUUAUAUUAUUCACUUACUUGUUCUUAGACUUUGUAACUGAUUCUCUAGGGGAAGAGGACAAAUGAAUUCCUGAAAACUUCGGUGGCAGAGUUUGGCACCAGUGUUUGCCUUAAGGAUUCGGGAAGUUGGGAGCUCCUGUCAUCAUGGCGAACCUUCUAAAAACAGUGGUGACUGGCUGUUCAUGUCCUUUACUUAGCAAUUUGGGGUCCUGUAAGGUUCUACCUGGGAAGAAGGAUGUUUUACGAACAUUUCAUACUCAUCAGGCACUGUGGUGUAAAGCCCCGGAGAAACCAGGAAUUCCAUAUAAGCAACUGACUGUUGGAGUCCCCAAGGAGGUUUUCCAAAAUGAGAAGCGAGUGGCAUUGUCUCCUGCUGGUGUCCAGGCCUUGGUCAAGCAGGGUUUUAAUGUUGUCGUGGAAUCAGGUGCUGGCGAAGCUUCCAAGUUUUCAGAUGAUCACUACAGAGCAGCAGGUGCCCAAAUCCAAGGGGCGAAGGAAGUUCUUGCUUCUGAUUUGGUGGUCAAAGUACGAGCCCCCAUGGUUAAUCCAACAUUAGGUGUUCAUGAAGCUGACCUUUUAAAGACAUCGGGAACACUGAUUAGUUUUAUUUAYCCAGCCCAAAAUCCAGACUUGCUAAAUAAACUUUCCAAAAGAAAAACUACAGUUUUGGCAAUGGACCAAGUUCCAAGAGUCACAAUUGCUCAGGGAUAUGAUGCACUAAGCUCUAUGGCCAACAUUGCAGGGUAUAAGGCUGUUGUCCUAGCUGCAAAUCAUUUUGGACGAUUUUUCACUGGUCAGAUCACAGCUGCUGGGAAAGUUCCUCCAGCUAAGAUUCUGAUAGUUGGUGGUGGUGUUGCUGGGCUUGCUUCUGCAGGUGCAGCAAAGUCGAUGGGUGCAAUUGUUCGAGGAUUUGAUACGAGAGCUGCAGCUUUGGAACAGUUCAAGUCUCUUGGUGCUGAGCCCUUGGAGGUGGACUUGAAGGAAUCGGGUGAGGGACAGGGAGGAUAUGCAAAAGAGAUGUCCAAAGAGUUCAUUGAAGCCGAAAUGAAGCUCUUUGCCCAGCAGUGCAAGGAGGUGGACAUCCUCAUCAGCACAGCACUUAUCCCAGGUAAAAAAGCUCCUGUUUUAUUUAGUAAAGAAAUGAUUGAGUCAAUGAAGGAAGGUUCAGUUGUUGUGGAUCUUGCUGCAGAAGCUGGCGGAAACUUUGAAACCACUAAGCCAGGAGAACUUUAUAUUCAUAAGGGAGUCACUCAUAUAGGCUACACAGACCUUCCCAGCCGGAUGGCCACCCAGGCCAGUACUCUGUAUUCCAACAAUAUUACCAAGCUCCUGAAGGCCAUCAGCCCUGACAAAGAUAAUUUUUAUUUUGAAGUGAAAGAUGAUUUUGACUUUGGUACAAUGGGUCAUGUCAUUAGAGGAACUGUAGUGAUGAAGGAUGGUGAAGUGAUUUUCCCUGCUCCCACACCGAAAAAUAUUCCUCAAGGUGCCCCAGUAAAACAGAAGACAGUGGCUGAGCUAGAAGCUGAAAAGGCAGCUACUGUUACACCGUUCAGGAGGACCAUGGCCACAGCUUCUGCCUACACAGCAGGUCUCACUGGGAUGCUGGGUUUGGGCAUUGUGGCUCCCAAUCUAGCCUUUUCUCAGAUGGUGACCACUUUUGGCUUGGCCGGCAUCGUGGGGUACCAYACCGUCUGGGGAGUGACUCCUGCUCUCCACUCACCACUGAUGUCUGUGACUAAUGCAAUCUCAGGUUUGACAGCAGUUGGUGGAUUGGCGCUGAUGGGGGGACAUUUGUAUCCUUCCACAACUUCUCAGGGUCUUGCUGCUCUUGCUACAUUCAUCUCCUCAGUCAACAUUGCAGGUGGCUUUCUGGUGACUCAGAGAAUGCUGGACAUGUUCAAGCGUCCCACGGAUCCCCCAGAAUAUAAUUACCUGUAUCUGCUCCCUGCUGGCACCUUCGUGGGUGGAUAUUUAGCUGCCCUUUAUAGUGGCUAUAACAUUGAACAAAUCAUGUACCUAGGCUCGGGCUUGUGCUGUGUUGGUGCCCUGGCUGGCCUUUCCACCCAGGGGACAGCUCGUCUUGGCAAUGCACUGGGUAUGAUUGGGGUUGCUGGAGGCCUGGCAGCCACACUUGGAGGCUUAAAACCGGACCCAGAAUUGUUAGCUCAGAUGUCUGGAGCAAUGGCUUUGGGCGGUACCAUUGGAUUGACAAUUGCCAAACGCAUCCAGAUUUCCGAUUUACCUCAGUUAGUUGCUGCUUUCCACAGUUUAGUGGGCUUGGCAGCCGUGUUGACUUGCAUAGCUGAGUACGUUGUGGAAUAUCCACAUUUUGCUAUGGACGCAGCAGCAAAUCUCACCAAGAUCGUGGCCUACCUUGGCACUUACAUUGGCGGUGUCACCUUCAGUGGGUCACUUGUGGCCUAUGGGAAAUUACAGGGUAUCCUGAAAUCAGCCCCUCUCCUUCUACCUGGAAGGCACUUACUCAAUGCAGGCUUGCUGGCUGCUAGUGUUGGUGGAAUAAUCCCAUAUAUGAUUGACCCCAGCUUUACCACUGGUAUUACCUGUCUGGGCUCCGUGUCAGCUCUUUCUGCUAUCAUGGGUGUGACCCUGACGGCUGCCAUCGGGGGUGCCGACAUGCCCGUCGUCAUCACUGUGCUGAACAGCUACUCGGGCUGGGCUCUCUGUGCGGAGGGAUUCCUGCUCAACAAUAACCUGCUCACCAUCGUGGGCGCGCUCAUCGGAUCCUCUGGGGCUAUCCUGUCCUACAUCAUGUGUGUGGCAAUGAAUCGCUCCCUGGCUAAUGUGAUUCUUGGAGGCUAUGGUACCACUUCAACAGCUGGUGGGAAACCCAUGGAAAUUUCUGGCACACAUACAGAAAUCAACCUUGACAAUGCCAUCGACAUGAUUCGAGAAGCUAAUAGCAUUAUCAUUACUCCAGGAUAUGGUCUCUGUGCAGCCAAAGCUCAGUACCCCAUUGCUGAUUUGGUAAAGAUGCUCWCGGAGCAAGGCAAAAAAGUCAGGUUUGGAAUUCACCCAGUUGCAGGCCGAAUGCCUGGUCAGCUUAAUGUGCUGCUGGCUGAGGCUGGGGUGCCAUAUGAUAUUGUGUUGGAAAUGGAUGAGAUCAACCAUGAUUUCCCAGACACUGAUUUGGUCCUUGUAAUUGGWGCUAAUGAUACUGUUAAUUCAGCUGCUCAGGAAGAUCCCAACUCUAUUAUUGCAGGCAUGCCAGUCCUUGAGGUCUGGAAAUCAAAGCAGGUCAUUGUCAUGAAGAGGUCUCUGGGUGUUGGCUACGCUGCAGUGGACAAUCCAAUCUUCUACAAACCCAACACAGCCAUGCUUCUGGGUGAUGCCAAGAAGACAUGUGAUGCGCUGCAGGCAAAAGUUAGAGAAUCCUACCAGAAGUAAAUAUCAAAGCCCAAGUCAGUAUCUGAUGAGGUUGCUGCUUCGAGCUAUAGGAACAGGCAGAAAGCAUCAGUGUUUGUGGCUGAUCCACAUCUGUAGCAAAGCUCUUGGAAGAAAAGGAAGACUGAAGAAAGCCAAGAAGAURGAGGGAUAUUUUUCAAGAGCAGUGAUCCUUCCAUUUUAUAAAAAAGAUUGAAAAUUUUGAAUGUUUAUCUGUGCAUAUUUUUUGGGGGGGCAAAAGAAUUUUAUAAAAGGAGAAAGAAUAACCUCAUUUUAGAUAUAAUUCCGCUGGAUUUUUAAAUUCCCCUUCUGUAACCAAGAAUGUUUUCAGAAGUUGAAUGUCUAGGAUUUCAGGACUUAAAAUUUGUUUGGGACUAAAAAAUACAACACAAUGUAAACAUUGCAAAUACCUGCAUUUUUGUUUUCUCAGCAGAUGUGACUAAUUUGAAACUUUUGUCAGUUCCUAAGCUGUCCCAUUGCAUUUUAACCAUAGUUUGAAUUGAUCUCAUUAAAUCUGUCUUAAGUUUUCAAACUGUACUUCAGAUUCCAGAUUUUAGCAGUAUAUUUUCUCACUUCUAUUUUGAUACAUUAAAGGMCUAUAUAAUCUUUUUGAGAUGCUGGAAACAAAUUAUGUGCUUUCUAUGUUCAAUGAAACAACUUGAAAUUAACAUUAGUAUUUUGAAAACCCCAUUUCUAAUUGGAAAUCUCUUUAAUUUCAAUCAAUUUAGUACUGUAUUAAGUGCACUUGAGUGGAAUUCAGCUAUUUGACAAAUAAAAUGAAUUUAUCAUGUUUGCAAAGUGAUGCAGCAAUUGUUUCUCAUGACAAAAGGCUAACAUUAAAUAGCUCUGUUUUACUAACUUUGGGGAAAGUCUUACUACUAGGAAAUAGAUGAAAUUAAUCUGUCUUAACUGUUUAUAAGAAUAUUUUUUUUUCCAAACCAAUGUGUCUUGAGGUGUCAUAUAGUUGAUGAUAUUUGAGAUGAAUGGUGAUACUUUUUUUUAAAGCUACUUCUUUGUUUUUUUGAACGCCAGUAAAGAUCAUGACUUUU